GACCACCCCGCCCCACAGAAUCUGAUCAAUAUUGGAGUACAGCACUUUUACUGUUGUUUAAAAUUCAGAAUUGUCACUCAUUUGCUGUCAAGAAGGCAGACCGUUCGUCUUAUUGGCCGCGCGGGGAGGCUGUUUUGCAUGGCUCCGCCUUUCACUCCCUAAGUCGCUUUGCAGACUGUGUUGCAAUGCUAUGCUUUGCGUUGUCUCGCCGCGAGCACGGACUUGGGUUUGUAAACAUCUGGCGUGUUUAUCUUUACUUUUUAAUGUGAUCUUUGGUAUUAUAUUUUGCUUUUCGCUCCUCGAGUACGACUUCAUCAUGGACUAGGACUUUAUAACAUUUGUUGCGGUACUUGUUUUUUUUCAAUUCUGUUUUAUUUUCAGAAGACAGCAUCGGGUUCGCUGGGAAAGGUUUGGUGGUGUUUGCUGCACUUCUGAGACUUCCUAUCUACAGCAUGAGGUGCAGCUAUGGCAAGAAGGGGUAAGACAGUCGUGAGGACCCUGGAGGACUUGACCCUUGAUUCUGGUUAUGGUGGAGCAGCGGACUCAGUCAGGUCGUCCAGCUUGUCCUUGUGUUGCUCAGACUCUCACCUGCCUUACGCUCAUGGAGGAAACUGUUGGCAUCUAACUGACUCCAUGCACAGCCGACACAACAGCUUAGACACUGUGAACACCGUCCUGGCUGAAGACACCGAGAUCCUGGAGUGCUCUGGACAGUGCGCCAAGCUACCUGAGCUGGAUGAUGUGCCUUGGAGCCUAGAGGAGGUAGAAUGCACCCUCAAAAAGGCAAACGAAGCAGCCCCGAGCCACUUCUCCAAGGAGGGCUUGGCGAAGCUCUCCACCCUGGUUAGCAGGGCGCUUGUGAGGAUCUCCCGAGAAGCGCAGAGGCUGAGCCUGCGGUACGCCAAGUGCACCAAGUAUGAAAUUCAAAGCGCCAUCAAGGUGGUGCUCUCUUGGACCCUCUCUGUCAACUGCAUCACGGCGGCUCUCAGCGCCCUGUCCCUGUACAACAUGAGCACCGUGGAUAAGUUCAGCAAGGGCAAGUCUGCCCGUUGCGGACUCCUCUUUUCGGUUGGAAAGUUCUUCAGGUGGAUGGUGGACAGCAGAGUCUCGGUGCGCAUCCACGAACACGCGGCGAUCUAUUUGACCGCUUGCAUGGAGAGCCUUUUCCGAGAAGUCUACACACGAAUCACGCAUGGUGCUCAAGCCCAGAAGGAGAACGGGACCCCAAAGUUUACCCCUGAAAGCCUGGAGCAAGCAAUCAACAACGACUCCGAACUCUGGGGACUCUUGCAGCCCUAUCAGCAUCUCAUCUGCGGGAAAAACGCCAGCGGAGUACUUAGUCUUCCUGACAGCCUGAACUUACACAGAGAUCAGCAGCGAGCCAACAAGCCGAGUGACAUGCAGAUGUACAGCCAGUCUGAACUCAGGACAAUUGAGCAGUCCUUGCUUGCAACCCGGGUGGGCAGUAUUGCUGAGCUCAGUGAUUUAGUGUCCCGGGCAAUGCAUCAUCUCCAGCCUCUGCAUCUGAAGAACCAUGGCAAUGGCACUCCAAUGCACCACAAGCAGGGACCAGCCUACUGGGAGCCUGAAGCCUUGUACACCCUCUGCUACUUCAUGCACUGUCCACAGAUGGAGUGGGAGAAUCCGAAUGUGGAGCCUUCAAAAGUUACCCUGCAGACAGAAAGGCCAUUCCUCGUACUGCCUCCUCUGAUGGAGUGGAUCAGGGUCGCCAUUGCUCAUGCUGAACACAGAAGGAGUUUCUCAGUGGACAGUGAUGAUGUACGGCAAGCAGCAAGGCUCUUACUCCCCGGAGUGGACUGUGAACCUCGUCAGCUCAAGACAGACGACUGCUUCUGUGCCUCCCGGAAGUUGGAUGCAGCCACCACAGAAGCCAAGUUUCUUCAAGAUUUGGGAUUCAGGAUGCUGAACUGUGGCAGAACAGAUCUUGUAAAACAGGCAAUAUCUCUUUUGGGUCCUGAUGGUAUCAACAGCAUGAGUGAACAGGGCAUGACUCCACUAAUGUAUGCAUGUGUUCGUGGUGAUGAGGCAAUGGUGCAGAUGCUACUUGAUGCAGGAGCAAACAUAAACAGUGAGGUUCCUAAUACAGUGCACAAAUAUCCUUCAGUUUACCCAGAGACGCGACACUGGACACCGCUAACAUUUGCUGUGUUGCAUGGCCACAUCCCAGUUGUGCAGUUACUGCUGGAUGCAGGUGCAAGUGUGGAAGGAUCUUUGCAAGAUGGAGAAGAAAAUUAUGCUGAAACUCCUUUACAGUUAGCUUCUGCAGCAGGUAACUUUGAGCUUGUCAAUUUGCUGUUGGAGAGAGGAGCAGACCCAAUGAUUGGGACAAUGUACAGAAAUGGGAUCUGUGCUAUGCCUCAUGGGGAUAUGAACUCAUACAGCCAAGCUGCAGCACAUGGACACAGGAAUGUUUUCCGGAAGCUGCUUGCUCAGCCUGAGAAGGGCAAAAAUGAUGUGUUGUCACUAGAGGAGAUCCUGGCCGAAGGCACUGAACUGGGAGAAAAGAAGCCACCCGGUCUUGACUCCACCCGUAACAGCAAGGCCAAACUGAAAGCUCUGAGGGAAGCCAUGUACCACAGUGCUGAGCACAGCUAUCUGGAUGUGACCAUUGACAUUCGAAGUCUAGGAGUGCCAUGGACUCUUCAUACCUGGCUUGAGUCUCUGCGUACCUCCUUUCACCAGCACAGAAGACCUCUCAUCCAGUGCCUCCUGAAGGAAUUUGGCUCAAUUGAGGAAGAAGAAUAUACGGAGGAGCUCAUUACCCAUGGCUUACCACUAAUGUUUGAAAUUUUGAGAGCCAGCAAGAAUGAAGUGAUAAGCCAGCAAUUGGCAGCUAUUUUCACACAGUGUUAUGGACCAUACCCAAUUCCAAAGUUGACAGAGAUUAAAAAGAAGCCGGCUUCACGCUUAGAUCCUCAUUUUCUGAACAAUAAAGAAAUGUCUGAUGUUACAUUCCUUGUUGAAGGAAAGCCAUUCUAUGCGCACAAAGUCCUCCUCUUCACUGCCUCUCCCAGAUUUAAAACUUUGCUCUCUAACAGACCAGGAACUGAGAAUACCUGCAUUGAAAUCAGCCAUGUUAAAUACAAUAUAUUUCAGCUGGUAAUGCAAUAUCUCUACUGUGGAGGAACAGAGUCUCUUCAUAUCAGGAAUACCGAGAUCUUGGAGCUUUUGUCAGCAGCAAAGUUCUUCCAACUAGAAGCUCUCCAGCGUCACUGUGAAAUCAUCUGUGCAAAAAACAUAAAUACAGACACUUGUGUUGACAUCUACAACCAUGCUAAGUUUCUUGGAGCACCAGAGCUUUCUGCCUAUAUCGAAGGAUACUUCUUAAAGAAUAUGGUGGUUCUCAUUGAAAAUGAAGCCUUCAAGCAACUGCUGUAUGACAAGGCUGCAGAGAACCCAGGGUUAGAUGUGCUGCAUGAUCUUGAGAAGACCCUUGGAACCAGGAUCCAUUCUAUUCAUCUCUCUUCUUCCAAAGGCUCUAUUGUGUGAUGCAGCUAAAGGAGAGUUUUGAUUUUGGUUCGCUUUAAUUUAUUCUCCAUGUAGCAAUUUAAAAUGUUACCUCUCUCCUGACUUGUCUAAAAUACCUGGGAUCAGUUAUUCUCCCCACAUUUACUGCUGGAGUAUUAUCUAACCUGUGUUUCAUUUCCGACCAAAUGGGAUAUAACACUCAUAAGGCAUACCCCUUCACGCAUGCAAUGUGAAACUUUUACUUUUUAAAUAUCACCUUGAUCAGCUUUUUUUUUUUUUUUUUUUUUUUACAUUCUAAGGACAGCCAUGCAUUUCAUUCUUAGAAAUGGUGCCAGAAUGUUUGGAACGUGGCCAAAUGAUGCUUAUUCACGUUAUUGAUUAUUGUUAUAUUGAGAUUGUGCUUUCAGUAAGGAGGGAAGUGUACAUACUUGACUAAUCUAAAGACAUAAAAUAUACCAUUUAUUAUUGGGUAUUAGUAUUCUUUGUACUUUGUAUAACUGCACUGGGAGAAAAUAUUACAGUGACAUUUUUUAUUUAAUAUGCACGCCUUUAAAGAUUGGACCAUAAAAAUGUCUUCAUUGUCUACUUAUUAUGAUCCAGUUGGUGGUAUCACAUAAACAGAAAUAAACCCUCAUUGAUUUUAUUUUUUUUGUCCUGCAAAUCUGAAUUUGCUUCAAAAAUUUCAGGGCGCUGAAAUUGAAGAAAAGUCUGAAGCGAUGUGCAGCGGAAUGUAAUCUCAUGCUUGCGUCACUGAAGACAAACAGCAGCUACCAUUGUAUAGUAACAAGAGUAUCUCCUUAGUUUAAAGAAUGCUUUAUUUAGAAAUGUAUAUUUUGAAUAUGUAUAUUUUAGACUUUAAAAGAAUAUGGCUUUAAGAUAUCUACUAUGUAGCACAGAACCCUAACUGCACACUGGUUCACAGCCAGUCUUCUGCACGUUUGGCGUCAGUAGCUUUUUCAUAACAAAGAUGCUUUCUAGAUAAGCAAUACCAAAUGUUUUAAUUUUGUAAAGUUUAGUUUAAUCAUAUUGUGAGAGUACAGUAGGAAAGGCUCUAUAUAGACAUUAGUUGUAAAGAUACAUAUCUUUUGGCUUACUUAUGCUAGCAUUUGUGUUUUGGACAAUACAAUGCAUGUAAAGGGUCACUCCAAGAGGCCAUGCUGCUGUUACACCUAACUUAAUGUGACACUCACUUUGGGAUAAGCUCGACUGUAGCCUUUUGUAGCAGUCAUGUUGGUGCUUUGUAUGUGUACUAUAAGACUUAAAUGUGUAUCCGUGUCCAGUUUAAGCAGACCUGUCGUGAUUCGUUUAUGUUCUGCAGUGCUUGAUGACCUUCAGGCGCCAUAUCUCCCAACCACAAAGUUAGUUCAUUUAUUUGAUUACUUUUGAGCUGCAAUGUCGUCCACUAUUACAGGAAGCCCUUUGUUAGAGGGUUCACUGUGAAAAGAGUCACUGGAAAUGAAUCUUGAUCAACUGACCAAGAUGAUCACAUACUUGUGCUCCUUUUUGAAGCAGUAUCAAUAAAUCCAUGAUUUGGGAACUGUGUCAUCACUCCUGUCUCCUCACCAACAGUGGAGUCCUUCCUUCAACUUGCACAAUAGUAUUGAGAAUUAUCAUGAAGUCUUUUUGUCUCAAGUCCAGACAUACUUCAGUGUCUUUCUUUGUGAAUUGACCGCAAUCUGUCUCCUCUCGAUUCUUUUCCCUUACUGUGAUGUUGAACAAAACAAAUACUUUUCUGUUAACCUCAACCUGCUGGAUCUCGUCUAGAAACGUUGCUAGCAUCAGCUAACAGUAGAAAUUAUUUUAAUAAUUCAACUAACGUAUAAAAUGUUUAUGAUCUUACACUUGUUCUCUGCAUGGUUUUGAGGAUUCUUUUCCCAGAGGUUCUCGUUUUUAUCCCACUUCCCAAGAAUUAUUUAGCAACUCUAAAAUGAGAUCAUAAUACACUGGCACUCUGUCUGGUUUUGGUUUCUGCUUUGUGUCUAGUGCUACUGGGAAAAGCUCUGGUUCCCAUGCCCUAAAAAUAUUGGAUUAAAAGGGUUGAAAAAAUGUGUGGAUGGACUUGGACUUCCUUUGGUUUCUAUUCUUGGCAGUCGUGCAAAAAUUGUUCAUGAUUAUCCACCUGAAAAACACUUACUUGUGGUAUUACUAAAAAAGAUUUUUUUUAAAUAAUUGUGUUGUUUUUUUUUCAUCAUCUACACUGUUUUGUUAUCAGGCAUCCUGCUAGUGUCCAGACUCUCCUCUAGGGCCAAUACCUGCUAAGAGAUUUAACCUGAACAAAGCUUAUGAUGGAUGGUGUGUGUCCACUCUUUUAUUUUACUGCAGCAUGACCAAUGCUAUUGGUCCAAUUCUCUUUCUGCGCCACUCUCUGUGAGUGUAGGACAUGUUAUCUAGGCGCCAACCAUGAUGCUACAGCACGUUUCAGCUCAUCCCGUAUCUCACAGGUUUCAUGUGCCCUGCUCGACUACCGUGUAGUUAGUACUUUGGCACAAUGAGCAUCGGUGACCCACACAAAGGUCGUACUCAUCCUGAGGUCUCAUGGAGCAUUUGCCAAAGACUUAAUUUAGGUUGCUCACAAGAUCUGCCAUUUUUCCUGAAAGUUCCACCUAGAUUCUUCUAAGCCCAUAGUUUUCCAUGGUUCAUUGUUUUGUUUGUAAAAUUCACCAAAAAAGCAUUCAUAUCCAUUAGUAAAUGGUCAGUUCAGGCAAUUUCCAAACACUUCUGGGUAAUUCUUGUGUUUUCUCUCCCACUUCUGUUCAUAAAACUCACCAAAACAGCAUUCAUAUCCGUUCAGUGAAUUUUUCAGUUGAGACAAUUCUUGUGUUUUCUUUCCCACUUUAACUGGCUUGCCCAGUCAAAGAACAGGAUUUGUGCAUUCUUUGUAAAUAAAACAAUCAAAUUCAGUGGCUCUUAGGGUGCUAUAUGCAUGUACUGUCGGAAUAUUAUGAACACAGAAUAAACAUUGUCUAUAAUAUUUCAAGCGAGUGAUAUCCCUCACUAUACUUAAACAUGGUACAGUAGAACCUCUGGUCACGAAUAUUUCCGAACACGUACAAAUCGGGUUAUGAUCAAAUAGUUUGCCAAAAUUUUGCAUCUGUUCACGACCACACGCUCUGGUGGCGAACAAAAACACUGGUGGCCAGUUUCCCAAAGUGCGUUCAUAUGCGCCAAUGAUUUCCCAUUCUCUGUUUCCCAUUUUCUUUUGUUUGCGUACACAGGGCCUAACAAAGCAGAUGAUGUUGCAAAAGGAGUUAACAAUGUUAACAAAGCAGAGGCCUCAAGUGCUGGAAGAGGUAGAAAAACUGUUGCUAGUGUAGUUGAACGAGAAGCUACUUGCAGGGGAUAGUGUAAGCGAGCAGAUCAUAUGCGAAAAAGCCAGGAAGAUUCAUGGCAAUUUUAUGAAAAAAAUAUACUUCAAGUGGCGAAGGUGAGGAAUUUAAAGCCAGUAGAGGAUGGUUUGAAAAGUUUCGCAAGAGAAGUGGCAUUUAAUUUUUUUUCCCUGUGUUUACAACAAGCGGUUCGUAAGGGUCUAGCUCGAACUCUUACAAUGUUAGUUUUCUCAGUGUUAUUCAAUGUUUUUACAUUUAGUUUACUAUUACACUGUGCAUUCUAUGGUAUAAUUAACUAUUUUGUGCUUAAAAAUAUAUAUAUUUAUAUGCAGUUCGUACGGUCUGGAAUGGAUUCAUUGUAUUUACAUACAAUCUUAUGGGGAAAUUACGUUCAGGUCGCGUCCAGAGUUUUGGAACGAAUUAUGGUCGUGACCAGAGGUACCACUGUACAUGUUUUCAUAUUAAAAAAUGUCGUUCUAAACAAUUUUAAGUUUCGUAACAAACUUUUAAAGAUCUUUCCAAUCUAUCUGCAAAAUUGCCUUACGUGCUAUGAAAUACGAAAUAAUAUAUUUAGUUGGUAUCUGUAAUGGUCUUGCCAUACAACAGAAAACAGUAAAAAGAAAUAAUUUCAGAACAAAACAAAAUCGGCCCUACUAUUAAUUGCAGCCUUGUAAUCUUUUACUGUUGGUCAUUUUAGGACGUAAAUAAUGAUUGGCCUACGGUAGGGGACUCAGAUAUCUAGGAAGACACAAGGGGCAUGUGAACAUUUCUUCAGUAAUUGUAUUUAUAAGAUAACUGCAAUGAAGGAAAUUCUGUUUUGGCUAUAUAGCACCAUUCUAUAACGCUCAAAUAAUUCAGAACUAUAACACGGGGGCAUGAUGGGGCACCCUGCCCAACUCUCGCUUUGCCUGGAUAGAGUUUGCAUGUUCCCAAGACCUGUGUGAACAAGUGUACCCUGCAAGGGACUGCUGUGUCAUCCAUGGUUGGUUUCUACCUGUAACCCUGCGCUGACAUAAACAGAUAAACACUGACAAGGACUACCCGACGUAUGCUUAGAAAGGACCGGCCGUGAGCAUGAUGUUACAUUAAAGAAAUGAAAACCUCAACAGCAGAGGGUGAAGAAAGGGGCACCUGGCAGUAACAAACUGACCAAAGAGGAGAUUGCAAGGCUGGAAUAUAAACUUAAUACACAUGGUGGACAAAAAAAACUGACAACAUGUACUUAAUCAAAGAAUUAAAUCAAAGCUGAUGUAGUUAUAAAUUUUGGUUUCUAUGCAUUUAGUCUGAUUUGCAAGUUCUAUCCAAAGGUGUCCUAUCUCUAAAUGUGCUUAUUGUCAUUAUACAGAAAACAAUUGCUGUUAUAUUUAUUUAUUUCAUUCAUUUUUUUUGUCAAACCAGCAAUGCCCCAUUUUUGUAAAUAUUUUGUGUAAAUCUGACAAAAAUCUUGUUUUCUUUUUCUGUAAACUAAUGUAAAUAUAAAUACAUAUAUAUAUAUAUAUAUAUACGCAUAUACUGUAUGUGCGUGUGUGUGCAUAUCUGCCUUGGCUUGCUGCUUAUGUACUGUACUGUUCUUGUUGUUGCGCUCUUAUGCUCUUUGGUGUUAAACUGCCAUGAAAUCCAAAUGCAUGACUGCAGGUAUGACUGUGUCCCUCAGCUAGCGAGCAUUGCCUGCGCUCAGUUUGGUGUCACACUGCCGGGGGCCGAGGCAAGGCCAUCUAGUUCUUUAUCUGUGGUGAUUCUGACUCCAUUGCCUGUAAACUGUUUUUUCCACACCUAGCCUACUGUAUGGCAGCCGGAAGUGGUCAUUCAGAGCUCACUGGAGGAGAAUGCUGCUCUCUCAGACUGUGAAUUAAAUGUCUUUUUUCUAAAGCUUACUUUGGAUUAGCUUAUUAACAAAAUGGCCAAUGCUGUCUGUGCUCCUGAACUGAUGCUGUACCCAGUAGGUGAUAUGACACAUUUUCCAAUUUUUUGCACAAAUGCAAGAUUUUUUUUACAUUUUUUCUCACAAAGAUAUGU